CUAUAUCUCUACUCCAACAAAAUCGAUCACAUACCAAAUUUGUCAAACUGUCCAGAGUUAAUAUUGUUGAAUCUAUCUGGAAAUAACAUAUCUCAGUUACGGGUAAAUUGCAAAUAUUUACUUCACUGUAACACAUAAAAUUUGAAAGUGGUUCCCACAUCUAUUUUCAGAAUUUGCACAGCAUGCCAAAACUACGUGAAUUUCACUUGGCAAAUAAUAGAAUAAGAAUGAUCGGUGAUGCCUUUCGAGACAAUUCCAGUUUGUCCACUGUAAAUAUGGCUGGAAAUCCUCUCUACCAGUUGACGGUAGUUACAAUAAUUCGAAUUCUCAAGUUUGCCUGUAAAGCGACGUUAAUCUGCUUUUUAGUUAUGACAAAAAUCUGCACAUAAUUGCUAAUGCCCGUACUCCGUUUUUAUCGAUGUUCAAAAAUAGGAUAUCCAGACUCUUGGAUUUUCUUCGAAACUUCGGUCAGUUGCUUUUAUGGAUCCUUUGUACGGUGAAUGUCCUCUGACAUCCCUAUGCAACUAUCGAUAUUUUGUUAUCUACCACCUCUCCGACUUGGCCGAAUUAGAUUAUUACUCAAUUAGCACCGAAGAACGUUCAUGUGCAUUGGAGUUUUUCAAGUUAUGUCAAUACUAUAACUUUUCGAUUUUCGCGUAUGUAUUCGAACAUUUUCUCGAUCUGAUCAAAUCUGUAAUUUGAGGCCUUAUAGACUUACUCCUUACUAAUCUGCAGUCAACGCUAUGGGUAUCAGAUCAGAGUUUUUUUCUAAUUGAAUCCACUCGGAUCAAACUGUUGGAAUAGUGCAGCAAACAGGAUUUCCAAGUUGAAAAAGAGAUUCGCUCACUUUUGGAAAUCUGCAUUUCUUACUUAUGUCUUAUAAAAUUACGGGCUGGAUCUCCAUUAUUAAAUCACUAAUCGGCCAUCAUCUAUAAAAUUUUCAGGAAUAAAAUGAUGUUCUACAACAUGCUGUGGCACAAAAAUUCAGACCUUUCAACUAAGUCAUUAAAAAAUCACCUCAAGCAGCGUAGUAAGUUGAUCAGCGAGUGCCGAGAGCGAAUUUAUGCUACAAAAUUGGAACAGGUAGAGUUUUACCGGUUUUAUCUUCAAAUUGAGUAGCCAUUUAAAUGGUUCUGCACGGUGCAGACUACUUAUAUUUCUAUUCGUCUUGAGCAAUUUUACACGCGAUUUCUGAACGGCAGAAUAGGUCGGAGCAAGGGCACAGAACAUUAGCACGAAAUCGCCAGAGUUGUCUCAUUCGACCCUGCAGCAAAUAUAUGCACGCAUCGAAGCUGAUGAAAUUUCCGAUCGGCAAUGGAGGGAUACAGCCAAAAUUAAUUUGAAGGUAUAAAAUAUUCCCACUAUUAAUCACUUCGAUGCGCACUAUUGAAUAUUGUUCCUUUAAAUCUGUAAUUUCCACAGAUCUCACAACGGCAACUUAGCUUGACAAUGCAGCAUUGUGGAAAUAUCAAAUUUAUUGAAUAUUUGCCUGAUUCAGGUCUCGGAAAUUCAGUCGUUAAAAUAUGUCAAAAUAUGUGUAACAAUUCGCUUUGCACCACCGUAAAGCGGGAUCUAGCUAUUAAGGGUGUACACAUCUGCCGAGUUGUUGAAAUUGUCAACAACGAAACUGAUGCUUUGCGUUCACACAGAUCUUUUAACGAAUUUAGCACAAUGCAUAAGGCAGUGGUAUCAGAGACUGACAAUGAGAUGGUCUUCAGGCUUUUAGUGAAACCAGUCGGAGUAGUAGAGUUUAAAAAUUGGCCGUUUGAUAUCUUCGAAAAAGAGUUCUUCGAUAACACGGACGUAAUAAUUAGCGGCUGUCUGGCAGCUGCAGAUGCUGAUUGGGCUCACGAAAUUUUUUCGAAACAAAUAUUUCCAUCAAAGCGGGCAUGCUCGUUUAGUGAACAUCGAUUAGCAAUUCUCGUUCAGAUGCCACUAUUCAUGCUGACCGUAAAGUUCAAGGAAUAUGACGUAUAUCACGCGAUGCAUUCCGAUUAUGAUGAAGACAUUUGCGCUUGCUUAUCCAUUAAGAGCCCUGAACACGUAAAACCCGUUUUUGCGGUGGAAUUCGAAUAUAUCUUCGAUCAGAAAAAAUCUGGAGAGAAAAAAACAAUGAAAUCUGACGUUGAAUUCAAUCUGGAAAGUCAAUACAAUCCGUGGCGACACUCGGAAUUUGAAAGUGUAUUUGAUUUUCUCAACUCAACUGACCAGAAGAUUCAGAAUCUGGUAGUCAUGAAUCUAUCUGGUCAGGGAAUCUGUACAAUUGAUUUGAAUUUCAAGACACCUCAGCCAAACUUGAGAGAAUUAGAUCUCUCCUACAAUAAACUAACCGCUUUACCUGACUUGAAAAUGCUAAGAUACAUAAGAAGGCUCGACAUUAGUUUCAAUGACAUUCAGUCAUUCGAGAUAUCCACGAGUUUACCGAUGCUGGAAAGCCUUGACGCUGCGUGGAAUCGAAUCUGUAGAUUUGUUUCUAUCCUGCGAGCGCUGGAAACUUUCAGUCCAAAUUUGACUGCUCUUAAUCUAAAGAAUAAUCCAUUUACUGAUGUUACCGAAAUGGAAACUAUGUUUGCGUUAGUUCGAAACGCAUUACCAUUAUUGAGAUGUUUCAACGAACAAAUGAUCGACGAUUUUUCGCUUCCAAAAAACGGCGAUCCAAUCCACUGGAUAAUUGACGGAUUCGAAAAAUCUGAUCCAGCCAAGCUUAAUAUCAUAAAUAAUGCAGUGCUGCGGAGACGCAUUAUUUCGCGUAUCAACGAGUCUCUGACACCAUCAUUCUCAGUAGAUAAAAACAAGUCGAAAAACGUUCAAUACAUUAAUUUGUCCGAUAAUAAAUUGAGCUGCCUUCAGUUUAUCGACAAAUAUCCAAAUUUAAAAGAACUAUAUUUAGAAAAUAAUCUGUUCAUGAAGAUCAUGUUGAGGAAGCCCUUGAAUCGGUUGACAAGACUAAACCUCUGCAGUAACUUAAUCAUUACGGUAGAUGGAAUUAUACAAGAAAAUCUGCCGCUCCUGAAUUAUCUCGACUUAUCCAAUAACCUGAUUACCUCAUUGAUGGAUUUGGGAACUUUUCACAGUUUGAUUGAAUUUUAUUGCUCUUACAACGAAAUUGACAGACUUUCCGAAAUAUACAACUUGAAAAAUUGGCAAAAUCUAAAAAUCGUAGAUUUAUCAAACAACCCGAUUGAUUCAACGAACGCCUGCAGGAUAUUUAUAGUAUUCAAUCUGCCUAAGAUUGAAGUGAGUGCUGCAACAAAGACUCGAGGAGUACAUUUUCAAAUUGAAAUUAAACAUAGCAUAAUUUGAUUCGUAUUUUUCUCAAUUGCAAAUCUCUGGAUAUUCAAUUCAAGCUUUCCUAAUUAGCUCACCAAGUUUUUGGUGGUUCGAUCAUGUGAUUGUUUGGUUUGUUUAGUAUGUCGGUAAUCAUCGAGUAACUCCAUCAGAGAUUCUAGAGGCAAAUCAUGCUUUAGGAGCUACUUUGAAUAAGGAUACCAUUAUAAACAUGCGGAACGGUGAAGAUUUUUCGCAUUUGAAACAACUAAGCAUCGUUAAUUGCGGUAUUAAGAAGGUAUUAUUUUUCAUAAUUGCAAUGACAAGAUGACAGUUAAGCAGAUCGUCUUUAAUUAAGAUUGUAGGUGAAUUUGGCGGUAGAUCAGCUUCCCAAUCUAGAAAGUUUGAAUCUCUGUCAGAACAUGAUUAAGACGUUAUGGGGGUUGCACAAUUUGAAAAAGUUACAAACUUUGUGCUUGAGUCAAAACCAAGUUGGAACAUCGUUGCCAAUACAUCAGGAAUAUUCCAACCCGAAUGAAUUAUGUUUGUUUCCUAAUUUGAACACACUGUUUCUUGAUCGAAACGGUGUCAGGUCAUUGAUAAACAUUAAUUUUCAAAACAUGCCAUUUUUGAAAUAUCUUCAUUUGCAACAUAAUAGACUACAAGAUGUAAAUGGUUUGCAAAACUGCCCCAGUUUGAAAAUUUUGAUUCUGGAUCACAACAAGAUUAAGAUAAUACCGGAGACGGUCUUUCACGUGGGAAAUAACAUCAUCGCCCUAUUUCUGGAGAAUAAUAGAAUAAAAUUUCUCUCUUUCACGAAACGUCUUUCAAAAAUUGAGAAAUUAUUCAUUUCCAACAACAAAUUAGCUGAUAAGGGCCAACUCAAAUAUAUCGGUACAUUGGAACAUUUGAAGGAAUUAACGAUGCUCGGGAAUCCUUUGUGCAAAAAUUCGAAUCAUUACAAAAUUGCAAUGGAAGCUCUUCCAACGCUGAAGCGUAUUGAUGGCUGUUCGGUGAUGCUGGAUGAGUAUUUGACCGAUCACUAAGAAUGUAUUGUUGAAACAUAUUACAUUGUGUCGGGUCAUGAUUUCUUUUAAAUAAUUUACAUUCAUUAUUAGAAACUAGAUUAAUUUCAUCAACGGCAAGAUGACUAUACAUAUACAGUGACAUUUUUUGUCCAUCAUGAGUUCGUCAUGAUCUAUUGACUCAUUGCGUAUUGAUUCUAUAAACUGUGUCUGUUAAAACGAGUCAACUGUUCUAAACUUGAGAUUUGAAAACUGGCGCAGGUAUGUGGUACAUAUAAAAAUGCAGCAGGUCGCGUUCUGAUCACCAAAAAUGCGACUGGAAUCCCGCGACGCCUCUAUAUCACCGCUGACUGAAUCGGGGUUCCAAAAAUUUGCUACGCGGCUUGCUAGCAAAUGCUCCUACCAUGUCCUACCGUCAUUCACGUUCUUGGGCUGUUCUUGGAUAGGUUCACGCGUCGUCGCUAGCCACGGUGACUCAUCAGCCAAGUCGCCAAUGGACUGAUCAAAGAUAAGAAAGGGCCCUACUCUAUCGACGCUAUUACGCCCGUCCUCAUCGCAGUUUGAUAAGUUUCGUCUUCCGUCUCGCCUGGAUCUUGAUCGCCGAUUCAAUAAAUCGAUAUCGAUAUUCUCUCCAAUUCGAAGUACUGUUACUAUUCUACAAAAUGUUUUGGUGAUCCAGAGAAAUAGUGUUCAAUCAUCUCAAUACAGCUGGUAGCAAACGCUAGCAGCGACACCUACCCUCUCUGGGCAAGCAAGCGUGGCUAAUCAAGGCACCAAAAG